UUCGCCGCGGCGAACGAAUGCAAGUCCAACGGCCGCUUCUGGGACGGCUGCAACUGGUGCUGGUGCCUGAACCACGAGGUCAUGGGCUGCACCAACAUGGCGUGCACGGGGAUGCCGUACGAGGCCUGGCACCUGGACCCCAACAACGACCCCACCAUCGGGCCACCGCAGCGGCCGGGCAUGCUGAACUACCGGUCUGGCCACGGCAGGGUGGCGGACCCCUCCGGGUGGCCGUGCCAGAUAGGCUCGUCCUGGCUGGAGCAAGGCGGAUGCGUCAAGUGUAAUUGCAACAGAAAGGCGAUCAGGUGCCGAGACUCGGGGUUGUGCCUCAACGGUGAGUUGGUCUCGAACGACCUGGCGCGGGCCCAGAUGGUGAGGCGGCGCCGGGACGCCGAUAGCGACCCGGCAGCUGGUGCAGCACCUGCACCGGCCACGGCCGCUGCGCCUGUCGGGGAACCCACUGCCGCCGCUGUGGAGACCACCGCCGCCCCUGUCGCUGUCCCCACUGUGGCGCCCGUCGUGACCACUGACACCACCACAGCUAUCCCAGCGGAGACCACUGCUGCACCAGCUGGAGCUGGCGCAGUUGAUACCACUGAUGUACCAGCUGCAGCUGUCGACGGCACCACCGCGUCGCCAGCUGCACUCGACGCGUCCAACACAACUCAGGCGCCGCCCUCCGUGGCCCUGCCGCCACAGAACACAGUGGUUAAAGAACGAUCCUGCAAGUCUGGCUCCACCUGGGAGGAGGAUUGCAACUCGUGCUGGUGUCUGGAUAACGGGCGGGCGGCGUGCACCACCAACUCCUGCGACCAGCCCCAGCCCCCGGCGCUGCCGCUGUCCGUGGGGGGCGUGGGGGCCGCGGCCGCCGCACUGCCCACCUCCACCCCCGCCCCCACCCCCGCAUCAGCACCCUCCCUCGCCCCGGUGGACGGGGCCGCUGCCACUCCCACCGUUCCCGCCCCGGCGACCUCAACGGCCGCCCCUGCGCCGAAGCCCGAGGCCGCCGCCCCGGUCGCCACACCGGCCACGGGCAGCAGGAGGAAGAGGAGGGUGGUCCUGGUGGCCACAUGACGUGCGCAACGAAGGGCGUCUGGGUGUCGUUGAGGGAGUCGAGCGAGGCCGUAGGCAGCUUGUCGUGGACACGCGCUGACGUGGUCAGUUCAGCGUUCAGCCCAGGACGUCCUUGCUGCGGGACCCUCGCCCGUUCAGGUCACCGCGAGCGAGGCAGGGGCCCAGGACCCUGGGUUCUCCGUCUUGCGCUGCGCGGCAGGUCCGGCCGGGGGCUGCCGGUCCGGAGGCCCGGCCGAGAGUCAGAGCGAUCCGUCCAACAUCGGGAGAGGGACGAGGCGCCGCGCGCCGCAUGGCGGGGCCGUAGCAGAACGAGAUUGUACAUUGAGUGGGGAGACGCGUUGUAAGAUAUGUCGAUGUAAAUAAAUUAUUUAUGCUAA